AUGGGUUCUAUCAGUCCCCCCAGUGCAGGACACACUGCCGAGUCAAACCGCAAGGUCAUUGUUGCCGGCGCCCAGUUGGGACCCAUCAAUGUUGACACUCCCCGGUCCGAGGGGAUCGACCGGAUGCUCAAACUGAUGGACGAAGCACAUCAGAAACAUGCCAAGUUGAUCGUGUAUCCCGAGAUCGCGCCCGUGACAUUCUUCCCUCGCCACAUCCUGGAGGGAGAUGAGCUGGAGCAAUACUUCGAGCAGGAGGUGGAUGGGGACGCGACCAAGGUGCCGACCCUGAAGCCUCUGUUUGACCGGGCUCGAGAGUACAAGAUGGACAUGUAUCUGGGGUAUGCCGAACACGCCGCCGAGUCGACCGAAGACGAACACGUCCAUUACAACACGGCCGUCUAUUACUCGGGGGCGGCAGGCAAGGUCAUCUCGAAGUACCGCAAAGUCCACCUCCCGGGCACGUUCGAGCCUUACGAGCGGAAGGACGCGACGAACCAGCUGGAGAAGAGAUACUUCCGCCCGGGAGAUCUGGGCUUCGAGGCAUUCCGGGCGCCUGGACUGGUUCCUGGUGCGCUGACCCAGAAGUCGGGCGCAAAGGCCAACGAAGCCGACACCCUGGGUCGAGGCGACCCGAUCGUCGGCAUGCUCAUCUGCAACGACCGCCGGUGGCCCGAGGCGUGGAGGCCCUACGGCUUGCAGGGCGCCGAGCUCGUGUUGUGCGGCUACAACACGACAGCCUGGGCGCCGGAGCUGCUGGGGACCAACGAGAAGAUUUCGACGCCGGAGAAGGCGAAGGCGGAGGCGCUGUUCCACAACAAGCUGUGCCUCACGUACAACAGCUACGCCAACGCGUGCUUCAGCAUCAACGUGGCCAAGUGCGGGCUGGAGGACGGCAAGUACCCGUUGAUCGGGGGCAGUUGCAUUGUCGACUGCGACGGCGAGGUGGUGGUGGAGGCGCAGACCGAGGACGACGAGCUGAUUGUGGCCGAGAUCGACCUGGGCAUGUGCCGUCGGGGCAAGGAGAAGGUAUUUGCGUUUGAGAAACACCGCCGCAUCGAGCACUACGGGCGGAUUGUGGAACAGACGGGGGUGGUUGAGCCGGAGCUGCUGUGA